GGCUGACUUGACAACAAAACAUAGUGGUUAGUUUUUCAUUCGUAUUUAUAUAUACUAUAUUCAUACUGUCCACCGAAAGCUAUUUCCACAUACCCGUAACGUUAACAGUUUGCACUCGUUUCUGUAAAUGCAUUGGAGCUGUUGCGGCUAACUAACACUAAGUUAGCCUGCGGGGUCAUUUUUUACCCCAUUGGUAGUGUGAAGUACCUUGUUUAAGUCUCGUCCAGUUGUCAGCUCUCUAGUAAAUGGCCUGCACUUUAGAAAAAGUGUUGGGCGAUGCUCGGACUCUUCUCGAGAGGUUGAAAGAGCACGACACGGCCGCCGAGGGACUGAUAGAGCAGUCCGGGGCCCUCAGCCAGAGAGUUCAGGGCAUGAAAGAGGUUGGAAAUGCCCUUCCAGACAAGCACAUAGAAGAUGCUUCAGAGCUUCAGGAGCUGACCAAAUACAAGCCUCAUGUCCUUCUGACUCAGGAAAACACUCAAAUAAAGGAACUACAGCGGGAAAAUAAAGAACUAUGGUUGUCUCUUGAAGAACACCAGUACGCUCUAGAGUUGAUUAUGGGUCGGUACCGCAAGCAGAUGCUCCAGCUGAUGAUGGCGAAAAAAGAGCUCGACACCAAACCUGUGCUCAGCCUCCACGAGGACCACGCCAAAGAAGUGCAGAGCCAGGUGGAGCGGAUAUGUGAGAUGGGCCAGGUGAUGAGAAGAGCCGUGCAGGUGGAUGAUCAGCACUACUGCUCUGUUAGAGAGAGGCUCGCUCAACUGGAGAUUGAGAACAAGGAGCUGCGAGACCUCCUGACCAUCAGCAAAAGCUCUGUGAAGACAGCAAGAGAGGAAACCAACCAGCUAACAGAAGCAGCAGCAGCAGCAGCAGCAGCAGCACAAGAACAGAGCCCUCAGUCAGAGUCGGAGUGAACAGCAGCCUCAGUGUGAACUGUGGUUCAGGGCAACAAAACGUCUUUCAAGACCAGCAGACAGGGUUGAGGGUGUCUUCACAUGGGUUCACCAUGUAAUUUUUUUUUUUUUUAAACAUAAGCUGGAAUUCAGUCAAACCACAGCAUAUUUUUUGGUAGUGAAGGUCACUUAAACACAAUAACAGAAGCGUUAACCAGCAGGUAUAUUUGGAUGGUAGCUGUUGUAUAUUUUCAUAUGUACAGUAUGUGUAUUGUCACUGCAGUCAUGUUUGUGUGAAUUUCAAAUAAAUGUAAUAAGAUAUUUCAUUGGGAGCAAAGACAUGCCAAUACUGCGGUAAAGGCAGUAAAAGCAAAGGGGCUUUUAUUUGUUUUUGGCCAAAGAUACAUUUACUCUUCAAGGACACAGUUUCUACCUCUUUGGUGCCCCUUUGCUGUUCACAAACACACACACACAAACACACACACACACACUUACAGUAUGUUAAAACUGCUCAUAACCACCCCUGCUAUGAGUUCACUUGAAGUCUAUUAAGCAGCUAGCUCGUAGGUUGCAUCAUUUUAAGCGUUUGUGCUUGAUAAUCACUCUGCCAACAAGACGACUCUUGGCUGUUUCACACAGUUUGCCUGCUGAAGAGUGGUGGUGGAUCAUUUGUAUGUGAUUAUCUAUCAUUAUAUCAAUUUGAUACGUUUGUCUGUCUGUUCGUAGAAUUCAUAUAUGACACGAUUUCCAUGUUUAGUACUUUGUGUGUAAUGGACACCAGUUUUCUAGUUUCAGAUUUAUGUGCAGAGUAAUUGAGUGUCCCAGUUGAUGGCACAUGUUUAUUUUAUGGUAACAGUUUCAGAAUUUGCCAAGUUUUUGUGUGAUGGAUAUCAAAAUGUUUGGGCACUGUAUGUUGUCAGAAAUUGUACAUUGUCAUCUCAGGAAAUCAGUGUUAUUAAGGUGAACAUGCUGUAAUGACUUCAUAUAAGUGUAAUGAUUUGUGUCAAACGAAAAUUUCAUUCAGAAAGUUUAAAAUAAAUUUGCAAUAAACAGUUGUG